UGCAAGUUUUGCACAUAUACUUGAAUAUCAAUCCCUAGGAUUACCAUGGAUCUGUUCUACAAUUGUGUCCAAGCAAUUGAAGGGCUCUUAGCUUUGCUGGUUCUAUAUGUUAUCUGGAGAUAUAUAGCCCGAAAUUCUAACAAAAGUCGUAUCCCUGAACCAUCAGGGUCAUGGCCACUCAUUGGUCACCUCCAUCUCCUAGGAGGGAAAGAAACACUUUGCAAGAAGCUAGGAGCGAUGGCUGACAAAUAUGGCCCACUUUACUCACUCAAGCUCGGACACCGUCGAGUAUUGGUGGUGAGCAGUUGGGAAAUUGCCAAGGAUUGCUUGACCAACAAUGACAGAGCACUGGCUACCCGGGCAAGCAUCGCAGCAGGGAGGCAUAUCGGCUACAACAACGCCAUUUUCGCACUUGCCCCAUACGGAGAAUAUUGGCGUAAUAUCCGCAAGAUCGUCACCAUUGAGCUUCUUUCGAGCUAUCGCCUCGAAAAGCUUAAGCACAUCCGUUUCUCCGAAAUGGACUUGUUCAUCAAAGAGUUGUUCAGGCUAUGUGUAGAGAAUGCUGAUAAUUGCGCCCAAGUGACAAUGAGCGAGGUGUUGGAACGGUUGACUUUUAACAUAAACCUCAGAAUGCUCGUCGGAAAACGUUUUGCUAGUAGCGCUUAUGCUCAAGCACAUAGUCAGCCAUGGCGCUACGAGAAAGCCAUAAAACAAGCUUUGUAUCUCAGCGGGGAUUUCGUCUUGGCGGAUGCUCUGCCGUUCCUUGAAUGGAUGGAUAUUCAAGGGCAUGUGCGUUCCAUGAAGCAGACAGCUAAGGAACUUGACUCAAUAAUCAGUGUUUGGCUGGAGGAUCAUCUCAGGAGAAAAAGGGAGAGCCAGGGUAGCUGCGAAAGCGACUUCAUGGAUGUGAUGCUUGCAAACCUCCCACAGGAUGCUGUGAUAUCAGGCCAUACCCGAGAUACUAUUGUCAAGGCAACAACUUUGAUUCUUACCUUGACCGGAGGAGAAAGCACCUCUGUGACAAUGACAUGGGUUCUCUCUUUGCUGUUGAAUCAUCCAAGCGUGCUAAAGGCCGCGCAACAAGAGCUGGACCUCCACGUUGGAAUAGAUAGGUGGGUGGAAGAAUCAGAUAUCAAAAGCCUGAAAUACCUACAAGCCAUUGUCAAGGAAACUCUACGCUUGUACCCACCAGGUCCCCUAACAGGGAUCCGUGAGGCCAUGGAAGAUUGUUGCAUCGCUGGGUAUCACGUCCCAAAGGGUACGCGUUUGAUUGUCAACCUUUGGAAAUUGCAGCGAGAUCCCCGAGUUUGGGAAAACCCUGGCGAGUUCCAACCAGAAAGGUUUUUGACAACUCACGCUGAUUUUGAUGUUAGGGGCCAAAAUUUCGAGUACAUUCCAUUUAGCUCCGGUAGAAGAUCAUGCCCCGCAAUCACCUUCGGCUUACAAGUUGUUCACUUGACACUCGCAAAGCUGCUCCAAGGAUUUGAUAUUAGAACACCGGAUGGGAAGCCGGUGGAUAUGGGCGAAGGCUUGGGCCUUGCCUUACCCAAGAGGACCCCUCUUGAUGUUGUCCUCACCCCACGCCUUGCUCACGAGUUUUACAAGUGCCUUUAGACCUAUAUUAGAAUGUAGAUAAUAAUGGGCAAAUUAAGGCCUCGGCUUAGUGGUAUCCAUCCCACUCAAGGUAUUGGGUAUCUUGCAGGCCUAUAUCCAAUCUUAUGUCUGGGCUUCCAAAGGGUUAUUGCCCUUAGCCACUUGUGUAAGGGAAAAAAGCAAUAUUAAUCUAGACCUAGUUGAACCCCGUGCGUUGCCCCAGGGUGAAUUGCAUUUUUCUUAAUUGGAAUUAAUAAUGUUUUUAGGCGA